AUGGGACCAAACUAUGUAGCCUACCAAGUCCACGACGCUCCAUAUUCCUAUGGGGCCGAUUGCUCAGGGAUGGCAAUGGCAAGCCCAGAAUAUGAGCAUCAGUUCUGCAGCCUGCGGAGUCAUACAGGGAGACCUCGUCUGGAGAUAGAUGUGGAACCAGUUGAUCUUGAAAUGUCUCUGGAUAUAGAGGAGCAGGCAGCUUUGUCUGCGCAGCGAGAAAGGGAUGAAAGGAGAUGCAGGGAAGGUAGGAAUGGUGUAUGCGAGGGACACGGGGGUCAUCAGAUGCCGCCAGUGGUUUACUCUGAUGGGUACCACGGCCCUGAUGUACCCCUCGGAUGCCCCAUAUACCAAAACACGAACAGAAACAGUGAAACCCCGCAACAUAUUCGCGUAGAAGAACAAUGCGGGCCUAAUCAAAAGGCGCCGGAGGUGGAAAUGGACUUCAGGCCCUGCGCGGAUGACAAAGACGAACCAUGCGAACACGAACAUAGCUACACGCACAUCCACACCGGUGAUCGAGUACUAACGCUGAGAAUACCAUAUUUAGGUCCAGUGGGCUGGACUGUCCCUGCCCGGGACGGUCCACAAACCACCAGGCCAUUUCUCAUUUACCAGGAUCCCACAGCUGGCUACCGGUCACCGCCCCCGCCACCAACAGCAAAGAGGCCAAUUGGUGAACGCGUUCAUUUGCUGGCAAGCGACGACAAGGAGAAUGUAGCUGAGGACAUGGAUGAGAAUGAGGAAGAAGGGAAUAUACCCGAUCACGACGCUUCUUAUGUGGAGGAUAAUAUGGUUGCUGAGGCGGAGAGUAUCGUCGAGCUUGCCGCGAUGAACGAUGGGUGGGAUUUAUGGACGUUGAGGAAUAGACCACAACAUCUAAGCUUGAGUCAGGGAGGGCCUGGGUAUGGGCAUGGGCAUGACCUAGAUCAUCAGUACGGGCAUGGACAUGGACUCCAGCACAAUCCGCAGCAGGAUGAUGAACCCGAGAUAGAGUACAAUGUCGCUGUUGGCGGGUCAUUGGAGGCGAGUCCGGUGCGGUCUCAGCGAGCGCACUCGAAUUCCAUUGUUAUUGUUAGUCCUCCACGGAGAGCUAGCCGUUUGGAUGACGGGGAUGCUGGAAACGCGCCCUCCGUGAGAUGGAAUGGAUCGCCAAGGGCAGGGUCGUCGUUGUUUUUCUGA